AAUUUAAUAAUCAUAUGCAAUUUCAAAUACUUUAUGGAAAAGAGUUUUAAUAUUUUAAAAAUUAAUAUAAAAAGUUAUUUCAAUUUCCAUGUAAUUAAAACAAAAUAACUCUAAGUAACUUGAAAUUAUAUUCAAUUUAAUAACCUAAAAUGUAAUACUCAAAAUUACAUCAUAAUAUCUUUCUAAUUAGUUUUUAUAAUUUAUUUUAAAAUCGUAAAAGUAUUGUUAAAUCAUGUAACACGAAGAAAAACAGAAUGCAAUCAAAGAUUAUAAUUAGCAAUCAAUGUUGACACAAGAAGAAACUACGCGAAAAAUCGCGGCAAUAAAAGCAAAAAAAUAGGAAGUUAUAAACGACGUAAAACUUUCUUUGGAGCAAAGGCGAUUUGAUAAAAUACUGAUAGGAAAUGCGCGGUCUGAUAUGGAAACGAGCAUACGGCAGAAGGAGAUUAGAGAUACAAAAAAAUUACACGAUGAAAAAGCCAUGUUGCAGAUUCGCCAAGAUCUCAGUACUAUUAUUGAAGCCGGUAUAAAAUGCAUUAACCCGUCAAUAAUUAUUCCUAAAAAGAUUAAAUAUGAUGGUCGUACAACACUAAUAAUUAAUAACGUCAAGUACAAAAUAAAUAAUAACUUGCAUAUUGUUGGCUGGGGCAAGGAAGCAGUUAUGAUGAGCACGGCAUUCGAAAGAAUGGUUGGAAAACAACUGAAAAAGGGAUUUAUUGUAGUACCACGCAAAUCGAUCUCUACGAUGUCGACCUUCACGGAAGCUCUUCCAACGCUAGACAGUUGUAUAACUUUCGUCGAAGCCGGGACGGAAGGAGAACCGGAUGAAAAGACAAUUGAGAUUACACAGACAAUCACGAAUUAUUGUAAGCGACUGAAAAAACGCGAUCUAUUGAUAGUUAUGCUGUCUCAAAAGCUAGACGACCUUCUGUGCUGCCCGCAUGAUACAAUUACAUUGAGAGAUAAGUUAAGAAUUCUCAACAGGUUAAAAGCUACUAAUGCAACUCUUGAAGAGAUCAAUAUCGUGAGAAAUAAACUUUCUGCGAUAAGAGGCGGUGAUCUGGCGCGUCUGGCGUAUCCGGCUAAAAUCAUUACUCUUUUCACAUCUAACAUAUCAGCAGAACCACCGGAGCAAUUGGGCGGUGGUCCAUGCGUUUACGAUCCGAAGGAUCAAAGGGCUCUAGCUAUUCUGACGAAGUACAGACUUAUCGACAAAGUAUCGCAGAGUGUACGCGAAUUGUUAGGGGAAUCCAAUCCUCGAACGACAGCAGCGGACGCCCAAUUAGACGAAAAGAAGAGAUAUAAAUUUGUGCAGCAAUAUGUGAUCGCAUGCAACGCCGACGCUGUAGAAUGUAUGGCAACGAAAGUCCUUAAACUUGGACUGUCUCCUUUGAAAUUAAACUUCACCUGUGGCGGAACCGUCGAGGAAUUCGCGCAGGAGUAUGUGAAGAUCGCGUCGCUAAUGAUCCUGGCGGUUGAGAACAAAAUUACCAAGUUGGAGAUGUACGAGCAGAUGAAGGAGAGUCCGGUAUGCCCUCUGACCGACCGGGAGGUAUGGGAGAUGUUUCCCACGAAGGACAAAUGGGGUCUGGGACUGUGCCUUUUGCUAGGUGGUCGACCGACCGUUCAUCUCGGCGAGCAUCCUGGGAAGGGUGGACCCAAUCAAGAGCUUGCCCUUCGCUUCUCCUUAUAUUGGUACAUGCGUACGAAGCAAUAUCCAAUUUUGCAACGAUACACCGUCUGGUUCCUCGGCGGUAGCUCUUACGGGAAAGACGGCAAUACCAACGCAGCUGGCGCAUUCGGAUACAAGAGCCUCGCCACUGACGUUUACCCGGAAUACGAAAAAGCGAGGAAUGCGCAUAAGGCUGCCUUUCUGAAAUGGCGAAGGCUCGCCGAAGAUAAACAGGACGAAUCGGAGAUCGCGAAAGCUCAUCAAGCGGCGAAGGAUGCGGAGAAAACAAUGAAAAGAUACGCGGCCAUAUUACCGGAACAAGUUCUAAAGGAAAAUAAUACGAAUUUGUUUUUCUCGAGUAUCAAUGACGGUGACGAGUUAUUGCAGUUGAGGAGCGAAAAUUAUUACACGCUCGUGGACGUCGGGGAUCUUCACGUUAUACGAAUCGCGCGCUUUCAGUGUAACCCGGCACCUGUCACGGAGACGAAGAUAGGAUAUAUGCCGAUAGAGACUGACCUGUCAAUCGCACGUUAUCGGCAACAGUAGUCCCGAUGUUACAAUAUUGUUGUCGGAUCGAAGAGCC